AUGGACUCAAGAGUGAUGGCACCACCAGAACAGCAGUAUGAGCGAGGAGAAAUAAAUGAAGGAGAUUUGCCAGUAUCAAUGUUCCUGACACUUAUGGCAGCACAUAUGCGCUCCAGUAUCGUGUAUCCAGAUUUUGGGGUAUCGGCUUCGAAGGUCUUGCAGGAGACUUGUAACUAUAUUAAGAGCUUACACAGAGAGGUCGAUGAUCUGAGUAAUCGACUAUCGUCGCUUUUGGAGUCGACCGACAGCGAUAGUGCUCAAGCAGCCAUAAUUAGAAGCUUGCUAAUGUGAUAGCAAACUUUAACGUCCCCGAAUUUUGUUUCAUUCUUGUCUAGGGUUUGGUCACUAGAAUAGGCCAGCUUAAGAGUUUUGGGUUGGAUCCUUGUUUUAUCCUUGCGUAUAUGUAUCAUUUCAGGGACUUUGCAUUGGCUAAGUCAUAUCUAAUAUAAGUAUAAACUAAAUGAACUUU